UCUUGACGUGUGUCGGGGCCAAUGAUACAACCUGUCAAUUCGUGACAAUGGCGAUACAUAUGAUUGCAGAUCUAUUCUGGAAGAUAGUUCCUAAUAUUAACAAUAUAGGGAGCAUUCUCAAAGUUGUCGCUACACUUCUCAUCAUUGGGGUGGUCAAAUGGUAUUCCAUGGGGGCAUCCAAUACUUCAGAACGGCAAAUGCACGGCAAAGUGGUUAUGAUAACAGGAGGGACGUCUGGGAUAGGAGCUGCUACAGCUCUUGCUCUGGCAGAGAGAGGCGCACAGAUCAUACUUUUGGUUCAUCAGUCGCCCAAGGACAUCUUUCUUGUCGACUACAUCGAAGAUUUGCGAGAGAAGAGUGGGAACGAAAUGAUAUACGCAGAGCAAGUUGACUUAUCUUCCUUGUAUAGCAUUCGACAAUUUGCGACAAAAUGGAUCGACAACGCCCCACCUCGAAGACUCGAUAUGAUCAUUCUAUGCGCAGCGACGUUGACACCGCCAGGAAACUCUCGAAUAUUGACGGAGGAAGGACUCGAAGAGACUUGGGUAGUCAAUUACCUUGCGAAUUAUCAUCUGCUCAGCAUACUUAGUCCAGCUAUACGAGCUCAACCUCCAGAUCGAGAUGUUCGGAUUAUCUUCGCCAACUGUUCUUCGUACAUCAGAUCACCUCCUGUUGACGAUGGAAGCAUUGCUAUGAAGAAGAAGGAGUGGUCGCCGGCGCUGUCAUAUGCGAGAAGCAAGCUGGCGCUUACGAUAUUCGGGCACGCAUUUCAAAAGCAUUUAGAUGCAUAUAAACGGCCCGAUGGCUCUCCGACGAAUGCACGAGUUAUCUUUGUCGAUCCCGGGUACUCGCGGACUCCUGGCAUGCGAAGGUGGUUCACACGAGGAACUUUAUGGGGAUUGGGUGUAUAUCUUAUUCUGUGGCAGAACGUUUGGCUGUUACUCAAGAGCUCAGAGGGAGGAUCUCAAAGUUUCUUGUACGCUGCUAUGGACGCGACACUUGGUCGAGGAGCAGGUGGAAAGAUGAUCAAAGAGUGCCAGGAGUUGAAAUUUGCGAGGAGUGAUGUGAAGGACGAGAAAGUGGCAAAGAAAUUGUGGGAGGGCAGCGAAAUGCUGAUUGAGAGAGUUGAAAGGGAGGAGGCUGUCAGGAGGGCACUGGAGAAACAGGAAGUGGAAAAGGCCAAUAGUGGACAAAAAUCUCGAGGAGGCCCCGCGGAACCUCCUGAAGACGCAGCAAGCGGCCCUGAUACGAAGAAAUCGAAAUCCAGGAGGCAGAGGAAAGUGCCCAAAUGAUCAACCAUGCACAUCUCCAAGACAGAUUACAUGCCGGAGUAAGAUCAACAUCAUCAAACCUUUUCGUCUGCCGACGGAAGGUUCGGACGGUGCCUUAAUGAUGGGAGUGCAGAAUAUUAUCUCACACUCCAUAGCCAAAUACCAAAUCAAACAAUGGGCAAGCCAAAGAACCAGCAUGCCCAGCACUAGCUACAACCAUCUGCAGCAGACUUGGUGCAGGUGUUCCCAUGCUCGCUAUUCAAUUGCACCUUUUUCUGUUAGUUACUGUUUCUUGACUAUUGACUCGAAGUUUUCUAUGCCUAGAUGCAUAGGGAUAUUCUGAGACCGAGCCUGUGUUUGGUGGAUCGUACUCCUCUACGACCCGCGAAAGUUCGCCAGGUUUCAUCUUGUCAAUGUACUGUUGUCAAUCUCACCUAUGCUCGAGUGUGACUGCUUUUGAGGUCGUCUGUAGCAUGGCCAGUCGUCAUAUGAUGGCUUUCUUCUCCAACAUUCCGAUAAAGGAUUCAAUGGUCAAAAGCAUGUACCCUUUUCUAUAGUUCAUAUUCCACUCCUAAUGGUCUGCAUACACACAUAUCUCUAAAUCUACCGCAUUUCUCUUGCUCCACAAGGCACCUCAUCACAGUGUAUUAACACGACUUGCCUAAUCCCGAUGGACCGCAUCGUCGGGACUCUCCCAAACGCCGAUGAAGUCACAUCUGCACUCCUCAUACUCUCCCGCACCUUACAAUAUCUCCACAUCAAACACGGCAUCAUAGACUUGCCCGCCAUCUUCGUACAUGCAAUGUCGUUCUGCUUCCCCUGCCUCCUCCUCUGCAACAUAACAGUCUCGAUACAACAUUCUUCCAAGAUCUCCGCAUCAGAACUUCCCAGUACUCUCAGACAAAUAGUAUGCCUCAGAGUAUCUUGUGUAACGGUGGAACGGUGGACCGGUGUUAGCUACCCAAAAUUGAUCAUCAAGCGGCACAAAGGCCACACGCGUGGUGACAUACACGGGGACUUCAAGAUCGUGGAUCACUGGAUGGUUUUGGGGAAAAGCGAGGCGUUUAACUUUCGACUGGAAGGGAAUGAUACGAUGCCGCUUGUGUGUGUGUAACUCCAGUUUAUUGUCCUUUCUAGCUAGCUCUCGCUACUAUGUAAGACAGUCUAUUACUCUUAAAUGCGACUUUACGGUAAACAG